GUUAGUGUUUGUUUUUUUCUAUGUAUACAACACUGUAAAGUUUGUGAUUUAUUUCUGAGUGGUAUAAGGAUUAUAGUUUGUGCAAAAUAUUCAGAAGUUCAAAGGAAACUAAUACAAAUUUCGAAGCAUUAUAUGCUAAUACGUACAAGAUAAAAAAGAAUAAUGAUAAAAUGGUUGACAAAAGUUUAGUGGACCGAUCAAUUCGGUAUCAUGGCUCAAGUCUGAUAAACCGAAUAACAACAAAACACCCGAAAUUGUUUCCAUCACACUUUAAUAUUCAAUCACUUCAGGGUGAAGGAACAAAAUUACAUACUAGCGAUGAGGAAUUUGAAGAAACUAUUGAGGACUUUAUUGCUCAAAAAGCGCAAAUCUUGUUUGAAAAUAAAUCUAAAUUUUCAAUCAGUUAUGAUACAUUAAUUGAUGACGAUAAAGAGACUGACAAAUACUCAAUAAUGCCACCUAUUGAAAAUUUCAUGGACGUCCCUUCGGAAGAUCGAAAACAACAUUUACUUUGGAGUCUGGAAAAAGGAGAUGUAAUAUGCGGAGUAGUGAAUAUGGUACAAGAUACAGGACUUUCAGUAUCAAUAUUAUGCACUCAAAGAGGACCUGUCCGAGAUUUAACCCAUAUUCGAAUUAAUGCACUUUGCCCCAUACGGGAGUUGCCCCGAAUGGGAGCUCAUGACAAUCCACUUAGCCAAUUCUCCUUAAAAGAUACUGUAAGAGCCGUCAUCAUAAGCGUUGUAGAUGAUAAAAUAACUCUCUCAAUGAAUUCCAAGCAGCUGAAAGAAGAACAUUCAGAUUUAUUUCUGGGGAAUAUUACGCAUGAAGAUCUUCCAGUUCAUUUUAAAAGAUUACUAGAACCUAAAAAAGGAAAUUUUGUUGAUCAGAUUAAGAACGAUCCAGGCUUUAGUAAUAUUACAUCAACUCAACUUCUAACUGAUGCUUUAGGAAUAGAAUUUAAAACUUGCUACUCUUUCUUAAAUCAAUUUCACAAAAAAACUGUAAAAAAUGAAGAUACUGGAGAAUAUUUACGACAGGUACAAUCUAGAAAAUUUGCGUCUAUUAGUGUUGCAAGGGGAAUUGAUGAUUUCCAUGCAAAAAAUAUCACCGAAGCCCUACAACACUUUAAUAAAGCCCUGCAGAUUGAUCCUGAGAAUGCUGAUGCGUUUGUAGCUCGCGGAGCUUUGUUUGCCAAUAAUGAAAAUUAUAUAAAAGCUAUUGAAGAUCUUGAAAAAGCUCUAAAAUUUAGCCCUAACCAUAAAAAUGCAAAGAAAUACCUUGUUGAAACCCAAUUAGACUAUGCGUACAGUCUUAUUAAGAAAAAUAAAAGACAAAAUGCGAAAGAAAUUCUCAAUGAGACAUUAAAUAUUGAUCCCUAUUGCGGUGAAGCUAGAAGAAUGAUGAAUAAUCUCAUUCGCGAACAUUCGCCAGAGACCCUAGCCAGAAAAAAGAAAAAUAAGGAGCAUAGCGCUCAAAGGGAAGAGCAAAUAAAAGCAGCUCACAAGAAAUUUAAGAACCAAGGGAAUAUAGAUGAUAGAAUAAGACAGUUAAUUUCUCAAGAUAAAAAAUUGCAAAAGGGAUCCGAUUCAAGUUCUGAAUCUUCUUCUGAAUCCACACCUAAAAGAAGACGUUCGUCAAGUAAUCGGGAAAAUUUCAAAUCGUCGAGUCAUAGAAUAUCUAAUGAAAGCGGAGAUGAACAUGAAGGAAAAUCAAGUUCGAAAAGAUCUCGAACACAUGAUGAUAGACAUCCAACCAUGAAGCAGAGUAAAUCUGAUAGGAAAAAUGAGGACUUGAAUAAAUCUCUUAAUGAUUCUUCAACAAGCUAUUCCAAACGCUACAGCGAUGGCGCAAAUCUUAAAUCUUAUUCCGAAAUUAAACGAGCUAGAAAUUCAUCCGAACGUUCUUCAAUAUCGUCUGAAAGGAGCCACAAACGGAGUCGAACGAAAUCAUCUAAAAGUCAUAAAUCGUCCAAGUCUCACAGAAGAUCGAGAUCCAGAUCAUAUUCGCCACAAAGUUAUCAUAGUUCAAACUCGGGACGACGAUCCUCAGUGAAAGGAAGUAGCAGAUAUAGCAACAAUUCCAGUAGAGAAUAUAGAAAGAAGGAUAAAGGUUAUUUUUCUCCACAUCACAUAAAAUCCAGCUCAAUGUCUGAGACUCCGGAAAAAGAUGAACAAAGUCGCUACAAGCAAGGAAAGUCAUAUCAGUCAUCAAAAAAGUAUGAUAAAUACGAUAAUGAAACUAAUUCGCAUGAGGAAAAGAAAUCGGCUCUGUCUCAAAAUGAGAAGAAAGAGCUAGAAGGCUUACAUGAUUUUUUGAACAAUCUUCGUAAAAAUGCACAAAAUGCAGGAAAAAAUGCUUUGAAAUAGUGAAAUAGUGUUGUUUUCUUUUUCUAAAUGAUUGAUGAGUCUAGAAAAUCUCUUUGUUUCUUAUAUUUUUGAAUUUUUUCAAAGAAUAAAGGUAUUCUG